AUGGAGAACACAGAAAAUUACGAACAAAUUCAUUUAACUGGAGAUGGAGGGGUAAUAAAAACAAUAUUAAGAAGAGGAGAUGAGGGAGAAGAAAACAUACCAAAAAAAGGAAAUGAAGUUACAGUACAUUAUGUAGGAAAGUUAGAAAGUAACGGAAAAGUAUUUGAUUCAUCACUCGAUAGAAAUGUGCCAUUUAAAUUUCAUUUAGGUCAAGGAGAAGUUAUAAAAGGGUGGGAUAUUUGUGUAGCUUCUAUGAAAAAAAAUGAAAAAUGCUCAGUUCGUUUAGAUAGUAAAUACGGUUAUGGAGAAGAAGGAUGUGGAGAAAAUAUUCCAGGUAAUAGUGUUCUCAUUUUUGAAAUUGAAUUAUUAAGUUUUAGAGAAGCUAAAAAAAGUAUUUAUGAUUAUACUGAUGAAGAAAAAAUACAAGCUGCAUUUGACUUAAAAGAAGAAGGAAAUGAGUUAUUUAAAAAAGACCAAAUUGAUGAAGCUAUUUCUAAAUAUAAAGAAGCUCUUGACUUUUUCAUGCAUGCAGAAGAGUGGGAAGACAAAUUACUGGAAAAAAAAAAAAAUAUAGAAAUUAUAUGUAAUUUAAAUUUAUCUACAUGUUAUAAUAAAAAUAAGGAUUAUCCUAAUGCUAUUGAACAUGCAUCUAAAGUUCUUAAGUUAGACAAAAAUAAUUUUAAGGCAUUAUAUAAAUUAGGAGUUGCAAAUAUGCAUUUUGGAUUUUUAGAAGAAGCUAAAGAUAACUUAUAUAAAGCUGCUUCAUUAAACCCUAAAAAUUUAGAAAUUAGAAAUAAUUAUGAAUUGUGUAUAACUAAAUUAAAAGAAGCUAGAAAAAAAGAUAAAAUUACUUUUGGGGGAAUGUUUAAUAAAGGUAGUUUAUAUGAUGAAAAAGAAAGUAGUGCUAAAUAA